ACUUUCUGCUCCAGCUCCCGCCGCCGCCGCCGUCGCCGCCGCCGCCUGGGUCGCCACCACCGCCUCCUCCGCUUCCUCCUCUGCCUCGAAGCGUCGUUUUUCUGCAGCAGAGAGAAGUGCUAUGUCAGGAAAGUUCCGGGAGAGACUGGAUGGGGCCAUGCUCCCUGGGUUCUUCUGCAGGCGCCCGCGCGCAGCCCUUUGUAUGAGGCAAAAGGACUGCUAUGGAAGAUGGAGCUCUUUGUCCGUUUUCCAGAAUGUGUUUCCAUCAAUGAAACAUGAUACUGCUGUUCUGUGUUGACAUGCUUGAAGACCACCCACAUCUCUGCUCACGCCUUCCAUCCUGCUGAAACCAUGGUCUUCUCUGCAGUGUUGACUGCAUCCCAAACUGGGGCAACCAACACAACAUUUGUAGUCUAUGAAAACACCUACGUGAACAUUACGGUCCCUCCACCAUUCCAGCAUCCCGGCCUUGGCCCGCUGCUCAGAUACAGCAUGGACGCGAUGGCUCCCACUGGGAUGAGUUCCUUGACCGUGAAUGGCACAGCUGUACCCCCAACACCAGCAGUUUUUAAGAGCCUAAACUUGCCUCUCCAGAUCAUCCUCUCUGCUAUAAUGAUAUUUAUUCUGUCUGUGUCUUUCCUUGGGAACUUGGUUGUUUGCCUGAUGGUUUACCAAAAAGCUGCCAUGCGCUCUGCAAUUAACAUCCUCCUUGCCAGCCUGGCAUUCGCAGACAUGUUGCUUGCAGUGCUGAACAUGCCCUUUGCCUUGGUAACUAUUGUUACUACAAGGUGGAUUUUUGGGAAAUUCUUCUGUAGGGUAUCUGCUAUGUUUUUCUGGUUGUUUGUGAUAGAGGGAGUAGCCAUCCUGCUCAUCAUUAGCAUCGAUAGGUUCCUUAUUAUAGUCCAGAGGCAGGAUAAGCUAAAUCCAUAUAGGGCUAAGAUUCUAAUUGCGGUUUCUUGGGUGGCUUCCUUUUGUAUAGCUUUUCCUUUGGCCGUAGGAAACCCUGACCUGCAGAUCCCUUCCCGAGCCCCGCAGUGUGUGUUUGGAUAUACAACCAACCCUGGUUACCAAGCUUAUGUGAUUUUGAUUUCUCUAGUUUCUUUCUUCCUACCCUUCCUGGUGAUACUGUAUUCGUUUAUGGGCAUCCUCAACACCCUUCGGCACAAUGCCUUGAGGAUCCACAGCUACCCCGAGGGUAUAUGCCUCAGCCAGGCCAGCAAACUGGGUCUCAUGAGUCUACAGAGACCCUUCCAGAUGAGCAUUGACAUGGGCUUUAAAACGCGUGCCUUCACCACCAUUUUGAUUCUCUUUGCUGUCUUCAUCGUCUGCUGGGCCCCAUUCACCACUUACAGCCUUGUGGCCACAUUCAGUAAGCACUUUUACUAUAAGCACAACUUUUUUGAGAUUAGUACCUGGCUACUCUGGCUCUGCUACCUCAAGUCUGCAUUGAACCCACUGAUUUACUACUGGAGGAUUAAGAAAUUCCAUGACGCCUGCCUGGAUAUGAUGCCCAAGUCCUUCAAGUUUUUGCCACGUCUUCCUGGUCACACGCGGCGGCGGAUACGUCCCAGUGCUGUCUAUGUGUGUGGGGAACACCGGACAGUGGUGUGAAUAUUGGCACUGCCUGACAUUUGGGGUGAUGGUUGCUCUUUAUCUGACUUUGAAUUUUCUUUCACAUGGGUUCUCCAAGUGUACCUUAUUGGUUUUUAUAGGGUGUGUGUGUGUGUGUGCGCGCGCUCAGUGUAAAGAAAGAGUGGUGAUUAGUUAUAAUUCUAUUACCAAGGAUACGCAAUAGGGAAAUGAUGACAAAUGUUACCUCCAGGGUUCAAGAGAAAUCCUUGAUUUAGGGUGGGGAGAUGGUGUUUUGUUUCUUUGAUUGAUUUUGUUUUUGAAGCAGGAAUCAAGAUUGUGCUUUAUUGAGCCUGCAGUUACAUUGAAUUGUAGGUGUUUUGGAUGCUGCUAAGGUAUGCUUAAUUGAGUUUAUCAUUUUUUUUUUUCCAGAAGACAUUGCUGCUUUUUGUCACCACAUUGGAGCCAAAACCACAUACAUCUCAGUAGAUAAAUAUUUACUUUUAUU